GGCAUUUUCACGCUUGGGCUUUCCUCUUUAUAAAAAGAAAAAAAAACCCUACCUCGGAGUGGCUGUCAAGGCAUCAAGACCCCGAUCAGGCAUAUGGCAUUCUACCCUGUCGUCAUCUUCAGAUUUUGAGCCAAUUCUUCCGGAGAUAUUUAUGCAAAUUUGGCGUACAUUCUAGUUUUGUUUUUGUCUUGUUGUGACCUAAGAGAAUAUUCAGCAAGCUGUGCACGGCAGGGAUAUUCGAGACAUCUCCCCAUCGAUAGCAGUUGUCGGGCUAUGGUGAUAUUCCGUCAAGACGCCAAUACCAUGGAAGGGUGGCAUUGAGUGCAGACAGCACGGGAGGUAUAGUCGCUGCUAUCUUGAGCAGACGCAUGGUAUCUCGGACUAAAAAGCAACCCAGACGACACGGCGUAUAACUAUCGUCCCUAUGUGUCAAACUUAACACGUUUUUGCCGCGUAACCAGCGUUUCAUAUCCAUCUUCAAGGGCAGCGUUACAACCCUUCCUCAUUAACCUACUGACAUUUCGUAUAUCAUAGUAUUAUUGGUGGUAAAUAUAGACUGGUGGUACACAACUCUCUGUAUUCAAUCACAACCAAUCGCUCAGCUGGCGCUCAGCUCAAGUUGUCUACGCGUAAUCAAGGGACUUAAUUACUUACCAUUCGGAGAGUAGAGAGAGAGAGCGAGAGAGAGAGAGAGCGCACAAACAAUAGACAGCGUUUGAAGUGUCACUUUAAACCUCAGCUUCCUCAAUUUCUUGAUGAGAUUUGAGGGCAGACGUUAAUUGGUACUGCAUUUGCAUACGGAGCUAAUUAAUUGUCUAGUGCACUGGGGGCGAGUGAGCCACAUUUGCCGUAUAGCUUUGGAUUAUAAUAGCCUCCGACUGCGCAUGUUUCUCAUGUUUAUUCAGUGUGUGUUUUUCUUCGUCCACUACUACUAAGCUGACUGGGGAUAGGUUUAUUUUGUGCGCGUGUUUAACGGCCGGUUCUCACCCCGGGGGUAAUUUAGUUUGAUCUGCUUUUCAAAACCAACAUCUGUGAAGUGACAUCCAGUUGUGAUGUAUCGGUGGUGUAGGGUCGUCUGAGCAUCUUUCAUCAUGUCUGCACAUAGGAAUCAGAGUGCGAAAAAACCGAUUGAUGAUCUAUCCGAUGCCCAAAUUGCAGAGUUCCGACAGGCCUUUUCAAUAUUCGACAAAGAUGGAGAUGGUACAAUCACACACAAGGAAUUGGCGACAGUUAUGAGAUCACUGGGUCAGAAUCCCUCCGAGGCAGAACUUCAAGACAUGAUCAAUGAGGCAGAUGCUGAUGGGAAUGGAACGAUUGACUUCGUUGAGUUUGUUAAUAUGAUGGGGUUGAAGAUGAAGGAAUUGGACACAGAGGAAGAGAUUCGAGAGGCCUUCCGAGUAUUCGACAAAGAUGGAAAUGGCUACAUCAGUGCUGCAGAGCUUCGUCACGUGAUGCUGAGUUUAGACGAGAAGUUCAUCGACAAACGAGAAGUGGAGGAGAUGAUACAUGAUGCUGACGUAGAUGGCGACGGUCAGGUCAACUACGAAGAAUUUGUCGCCAUGAUGAAUUCGGACAAGUAAACGAAGAUGGAUAAACAAGAUCGUCAAAACCGCUUGUGCCUCGAACUACACGUUAAAAACUGCUUACAAUCCGCAAAGGUGAUUCCGAAUAAUUUUACGCGCCAAUAAAAUGGCGACGUACUAUUUACUCUACACGAGAUUUUGUACAGUGAAAGUGAACAAUACGUCGAGAUAACAAACGAGCAUGCAAAACUGCACAAUGAAUGCUUGUUGUUAAACAAACUGGAGAUGUAUAUAUUAUAACGUAUUAUUAUGACUGUCGUAAAAUUAAGAUUGAGAAAUAUAUAACGAGCACUCAAUGCUAUAAAACGUUGGUCAUAAUUUAUUUUAGAAAAAAGUGCAUUGACCCUUGACCUCGAUUAUGACCCGCAGCUAAACACACAUUUUCUAGUUUACAAUAUUCACUGUGGCUUGAUAUUGUAUAUAAUUAGGACCAGACAGUCAAGUCUGUUCUAUUUUUCUUAUCCCAUGGAAGUUUUCCAGUUUCAUACUCUAAACAUUUUAGGGUCAGAGUUUCAUACUAAACAUUUUAGGGUCAGUAUUUGAGAAAGAGAUUGUACCCAUUCCAAAAUCUAAGCCGAAUAACUUUUAAACGCUCAGGAAGGAAUAUUGCGGUAUAAGCACCAGUCAAAAAGUGGCUAGGAGCAACAAAAGUAUGCUUACCAGAAAAAGGUUACCAGCCAAUACUAAUGUCACGUGUACAAUAUGUGACUGGCUCCUGCUUAGCACGCAAUUUUUAAGCAAAAUUGUCUGCUUAAGCAUGCUCUUUUAAAUUGCGCUCUGGCCUUGAAAAGGGGCACACAGCGUUAUUUUUUCAGCAAUAGGGGCUACUGGAAACAGAGCUUGUCUGCACUCACCCGUCAGUCUAUGUGAAAGAUAACACGAUCAUGCUCACUCUGUGUGAUUCGUAUAUAUUCCUACUCGCUUAUUGUUUUCAAUUUAAUAUCUGGAGAUGUGAAGAAUGUGUGUGCGUAUCCUGACUCAAAGUGAGUCGACUCCGCUCCUCGUUAGACUUGUGGACAAGUCGUAAAUGGUCUGUCGCUGUGAGAUAGUUGAGUCGUGGUGGUGGCGGGAUGAUUCAUGUUUCCGCGAUCGAAUACUGCUAUGCGAGAAUCACUGCUCUCGCACGAAGCUGCUGACUGCUGUCGACUAGUGAGGCUGCAUACAGGGGGAGAGUGAGUAGUCUCCCGAGGAUCAGCAGUCUCGCGAGAGUAUCGCCAGUGUCGGAGAGAGAUUUAACGACUUGUCCACAAGUCUACUCCUCAUUAGCAUAGCGAGGAAUAACAAAGGGACAGCGUUGUGGAGAUAGAGAGUUGUCACCAUAACCUGGAGGCUAACUCGUACAGGCAAGACUUGGAUGUAAAUAUGCAGGCAAUGGAGCAUCGUGUCAGACCAAACAAUCAAAGGGCAUCAUUCAAAGAACCCGACGUCAAAAGCGUAAUGUUUCGUGCAAAAGCUGAAUUGUGAUGAUGGCACCGUCGCCUGAGGGCGCUUCAUAUAAUUUAUUUUAAUCAUCUCGCCAGAGAUGUAUUGUCUACUCAUCGAAGAAAGGCGUGGAAGAAUUUUCACAAUGUUAUGAAAAACCGUGAUUGGGUUUAUUUAUGUGAUAAUUAUUUUCUGCAUGAGUAAUGAUUUGUGCAUUUGGACACUAAAGGCACUGGACACUAUUGGUAAUUACUCAAUAUAAUUGUUGGCAUAAAAAAAAUUGUGGUAACGAAGUACCGUAGUUUUUGAGAAAGAGGUAAUUUCUCACUCAAAUAAUAAAAGACUUCAGUUGAAGCAUUUUAGUAUGACCUAUGAAUCUGACAGCACACAAAGUAAUGCAACAAGGGUGUUUUUCUUUCAUUUCUCUUGCUUUUUCGAUGACAAAUUGAAGG